CCUCGCACAGCCUCGCGGCGCGCCCGGGGCUCCGCGGACCCGCCGGGGAACGAACGGGAGGCGGCGCCGCGGCUCACGCUUCCUGGAAGUUGCAUUUUUGAAGAAACAUGAAGUCAUACUCUGUUAUUAUGCUUACUCUAGCCAUCCUGGUGUUCCUGACUUGGGUCCCUGUGUCACUGAGUUGUAACAAAGCACUUUGUGCUAGUGAUGUGAGCAAAUGCCUCAUUCAGGAGCUCUGCCAGUGCCGACCUGGAGAGGGAAAUUGUUCCUGCUGCAAGGAAUGUAUGCUGUGUCUUGGCACCCUUUGGGAUGAGUGCUGUGAUUGUGUUGGUAUGUGUAAUCCUCGAAACUAUAGUGACACACCUCCGACUUCAAAGAGUACAGUGGAGGAGCUUCAUGAGCCAAUCCCUUCUCUCUUCCGGGCACUCACAGAAGGAGAUACUCAGUUGAACUGGAACAUUGUUUCCUUUCCUGUUGCAGAAGAACUCUCACAUCAUGAGAAUCUGGUUUCAUUUUUAGAAACUGUGAACCAGCCACACCACCAAAAUGUGUCUGUUCCCAGCAAUAAUGUUCAUGCACCUUAUUCCAGUGACAAAGAACACAUGUGUACUGUGGUUUAUUUUGAUGACUGCAUGUCCAUACACCAGUGUAAAAUAUCCUGUGAGUCCAUGGGGGCAUCCAAGUACCGGUGGUUCCAUAACGCCUGCUGCGAGUGCAUUGGUCCAGAAUGUAUCGACUACGGUAGCAAAACUGUCAAAUGUAUGAACUGCAUGUUUUAAAGAAGGAAAAGAACAUGCAAAUAAAAGCUAUUUAGUUAAAAAGAAAGGUAUAGGAAGCUAUUCAGUGAGGUCUACUGGUUCCAUCACAAUGCCAACAGGUUGAGAAGACGUAAAGCAUUUGAACUGAGUUCUUUUGACAAACUCAUGACAAAUCUAAUAAUGUAUUAAAUUAUGAUUAUAACUGCUCUUAUUCAUUUUACUGCCUGCUAGUAAUAAGCCUUAAAAACAUGUACAUCUUUGGUCACAUGAGAACUAAGUGCAUAGAGAAUUCUUGGAAAGGGCUGAUGUUUCUAACAUAAAGUCUGAUGUCAUUUUCUUCUAGUGUUCCAAAAGUUUUGUUUUGAAAGUGUUAGAACAUGUUAAUGUAAUUUAUGAUUUCUUUAUGUGCUUCUCCCAGGACACUGAUUUUUUUAUUAUAUGCCUUUCUUCACUGUGCCUUGUAUUGUUCAUCUGUUCUGUAAUUAGGGUAGAUAUUCAAAUAUAUCAUCAUGAGAACUCAUAUAAAUCAUCAAAAGCUAAAUUUCAAACCUUCUUAUCUUGGUUUUAUAAAGUAAAUGCUCACUAUAUUUUACAAUUUAAAAUUUGCAUAGUAGAAUUCAUCCUAUAGUACACAUGCUGACAGAGCUUUAAGAAAAGCUUCUCUUUCUCUUCCAUCCCAUUGCCCAAAGUGCUGAUGUCAGUAGUGAUGAAGAAUUGUUACUGAGAAUUUCCGGGAUACCUGAGACUGGGUUAAGUACAUUGCUAUGGUACGUAAUUACUAAGUUAAAGCAUUUCUCUGAAGAGCUCUAGGAAUGGGAAUUGACUGCCGUCUCACUCCACUUAAAGCACCAGGGAAACAAACCUGUCCCCUUCUCUGGAAAUGUUGAAGCUGAAAGAUGAAGUUGUGUCCACUAGACAAGAGCAUGAGCUCCAUAGGCCUUAGCACAGGCAGAGCCAUGUUCCUCCGUGGACAAAUGAUUAGAGGGGGUAAAGAAUAAUACUUGGCAGUAUGAACAGUAAAGGUUGAAAAUGCUGGCAAUCCCAGUGGGAAACUAACUUAAAACUACAUUGUUUUGUUAUUUUGUAUCAAGUGUUAUUAUUAAACAAGUAUAAUCAUGUAGUAGAAGGCUAAGAAUAUGAAACAAAAAUCUCUGUUCAAGAUAAUGUAAACUCCAAAUACACCACAGAUUAUUUUGUCAGCUUUUUAUAUAAUGUUUCAAUAAAAAUAAAUUUAAGUUCUGUGUUCUUCAUAGUAAUAAAAUUUUUAUCUCAAGCAUGAAUCUAAAACAUUUAUAUUAGAGACUUAAAUUUAUAAAAUUAUUAAUUUCUCUAGUGCAUAUUUGAAUUGAAAGGAACAUUGUAGGAGUACCUCUUAUAUCUAAAUAUUAUAGUAUAUAAAAAUAAUGAUCUUAGAUAUCUUGUAUUCAAUAUAUGAACAGUAGUUGGCUAUAAGAUCAUAUGUAAUAUUGUGAUUAACUAUCAUAAAAUUUAAAGCUUUAUACUUUUUGUUCUUUCCAGUAACUAAUGAAUGCUCAAGGUAAUUUAACCUUUUAAAAGUUAAAAUUUAUGUCAUUGGGCCUCCCUGGUGGCGCAGCGGUUGAGCGCUGGGUUGCGAAGUUGCCCGCAGCCUCUGCAGCACUGGUUCGAUCCCCGGCUGCUCCCCAGGCACCAGCGAGGGUCCCAUAUGGCGCGCAGACCUCUCCUGCCACCAGCUGCUCCCCUUAGCAGUGUGCCUUGGUCCCUCUGCCUGCUCUGCUCCCUGCUCUGGCUCUGGUGAAUUCUCUCACCUUCCCACGCUUCUGACUGUACCCAGUGCUUGUAUAAAUAAAUAAAUAAAUCUUUUAAAAAACAAAAAAAAUUUAUGUCAUGGAUACAGUUUUUUAUUAGGAAAACAUUGAGAUAAACUUUCCUACUUUUACUUAAAAUGCCUCUUUAAAAAGUGCCUUGAAAACAUUUUAGCUCCCCUUCUUCAUUAGUAACUAUAAACUUUGAAGAUUUUUUUGAGUUUAAGAAAGGAUCGUUUUAAAGGAAUCAGCAUCAGUUGCUUUGUUUCAAUAUUGCUGUUUUUCAAAAUAGUUUCAUACCUAUGAAUAGAAGAAUGCUGUUAUUUUUAUUGAUAACAGGCUUAAUAAGUUCCCUUAAAUAUGUCAACAUUCUUUAAUUGCAUUUAUCAUCUUUUUUUAGGUCAUCAUUAUUAAAUGUAAAAAAUAAUAUCUUGUACUUUAUCACCCCUUCAGGAGGAGGGUAAUUUCUUGAACCAUAUAGUGUUUUAACUGAUUUUCCUUACCUCUCUCUCUUCCAGUGGAAAUUAUCCCUAAAUGUAGUGGUCUUUUAAAUUCAAAUUUUGCUGGAUUUUUCCUUAUGAAGGGGUUGAUAGAAAGAAUUCCCCUAAGAGGUUCCACUUCCAGUUCUAUAAUGUCUUUCAGGUUUGAGUAACAAUAUUUUCCUAAAUUAAAAGUCUAACAUUUGGGAAAUCAGUAGCCCCACUAACAUUUAGGCUUUCUUAGCUAUGUAAACACAAUUCACUUUUAUAUUUAAGCUCUGGUAAAAAUUCUUUUUAAAAUAAAUUGCUACCCUUUUAUAACUAUAUCAAAAAAAAAACACUAAAUUUUAAAUCAGUAGUUAUUACAAAGCCGUAUGUAAGUUUCUUUCCUAUCAAAAGACAUGUCCUUACUAACAGAUUUUUCUGUCUUCCCCCAUAUCAUCUAAUUUUUCUGAAACUACUCACAGUAGUGCUACCAAAUCAAAUAAUUCCAAUAAAAUUUAGUAUUUACAUAGAAUGUUAUAAAAGAGAGGCCCUUCAUUUAGACUAUGCUUUCUAAUGUUUCAGAAAACAAAAGUAAUUGAAUACUUGAAUAGUUACUUAUAAACCAAAUUUGCAUCAGAAAGAAGAAAACAAACUAAAACUAUUGGAAAAUGAGGUAAAUAUAAAUAAACCACAUAUUUAAAUUUUUAUAAUGAAAGUCUCUCUGAAGAUUUUUUAGAAAUCUUUUCUGCAUUCCCAGGAGUCUAUGUUUAUUGUAUUUUAUAUGGUCUACAACAUAUAUGUGUAUUUUCCUUUGGUUGUCCCAAUUUAAAAAAAUGUUUUAAUAAAAAACUGAA